AUGUCUGUACUUGAAAAAACUAUAAAAGUGGAAAAAGACAGCGACAAUGAAGGCGAAUUCAGUCUGACAGCCGCGGAUUCCGGUUCAUCUGAUCUCAAGGAGGUCCACACUCAGUCCUUGGAAAAGACCAGCGCCAGGUCUUCAGUCGGAUCAACGUGCGACCAGAUCUCAGCGGGAGAAUCCGAAUUGCGGACAAUGUUGGAGGAGAACGCUCUUCAAGCUUUGACAGAGGAAUCGGUCUUGAAAAGACCCAGACUGGUGUACUACGAGGAGGUGGGUGACGCUGACCUUAUGUCGCUGACCUUCCCCAAGAAACUCUGGAAAAUCGUGGAGAGCGACCAGUUUGCAUCCAUCCGGUGGGACGAUGGUGGGAACUGCGUGGUGAUAGACGAGGAGUCCUUUAAGAAAGAGGUGCUGGAGCGCAGAGGUCCCUCUCGGAUAUUUGAGACUGACUGCAUGAAAAGUUUCAUUCGUCAGCUGAAUCUGUACGGGUUCAGCAAAAUCCGCCAAGAUUUUCAACGAUCUGCCUCUCUUUCCGAAUUCAUUGCUGAAGAAAAAGGAGCAGUUUCGAUGACCAAGUUUCAGUUUUACCAUAACCUGAAUUUCAGAAGAGAUUACCCUCAUCUGCUGCCAAGAAUGAAGCGAAGAGUUGGAAUUAAAAGUGCGAUUCCCAGUCUUAACUGCGCAGAAGGGGAUUCCAGUUGCGACUUCCCUGUCAGUGGGGGGACACAGGGAGCCCCACGACAGCUCAUACAGACGCUAUCUGUGCCACAGAACAACCUCAUGCCACCUUCGAGGGAGAACGAGCAGAAAUAUGUAUUUGAAAACAAUCUCAGCAAUCAACGAGUCAGCAAUUCUGGGAACACGAAUGGCAACAGCAACGCGGCUCCUCCUGCUCUGGCGGUGCGACCAUCCGACCACAUAGCGACAGAGCAAAGUGCUAAAGUGAACCAAAUGACCCAGUUCCACCCGUCGCAACACGGGGGCCUGAUGCGGGCCGGUAAUCAUGGCGUGGAGACCAGCAGCACCACCUCGGCGACCUCAGUGUACCAUCUCAUGCCCCCCAUGGCUGCUGGUUUUGGACCAAUGAUGGGAAUGCCAGGUUUUCAAGGGAUGUACCCUGAUCUGGCAACAGCUGCAGCCCAAGCACACCUGGCCAGCUUGUUGCCCUUUUGCAAUCCCUGGUUCUCCAUGCCUAUGAUGGCGGCGGCCUCUGCUAUUUCCAUGUCUUCAGGUUCUUCAGUGCACCAUCACCGGCCUCCACACCAUCACCACUGCCCCAACUGUAACUGUCAAGGAGGCAAUGGACCCUCCACCAGAAGUGGCCCCAGAAACAGUGAUUACAUAACAGGGCCACACAGAUAA